AUGCAAGGUUCUUUAUUAAGUAAAUUUUCAGAUAGAACCACAAAAAAUUAUUAUUAUUCUGAUUCAGGAAAAAAAACAUCAACAUCACUGAAAACUAAGAUAAAUUAUCGGGGUGUUAAAGCAUUAAAAGAAAGAGAAUAUACCAUAAAUCCUGAUGAAAAAUUCUUAGCAUAUUACACUCACAGUGGAUAUCAUAAUCAACGCGUGGGCCUUGAGAAUGCAUUGUUGCUUGCAAAAAUAUUAAACCGUACACUACUAAUGCCACCUGCAUUGCUUGGAACACCGUUACCAUGGAUAAGAUUUGAUAAAAUGUAUGAAAGAUUGUUUCUAGCCACAAAAAAAGGGUUACAACAUUGUCCCAAAGUGCCAAGAGAUUUUCCACUUCCCGCUGAAUGCUUAAAUUAUUAUUCAUACACAAGAGUUUCAUGGGAUUUCCUGUUGGAGAUGGAGCCUAUUAGAGAGUCGCAGAAAAUAAUUGAUCGAUUUGACCAUUCAUAUGAAUGGAUUGAGGAGAAUCUUAAUUUGGAUAUUUCCAAAGAUGUACGUUUUAUUAGAGAUAACAAACUAUGGGAUUAUAGGAUAUUUGAUACAACAGGUAGUAGGAUAGAUGAUAGUAAUAAAUUUACAAGAUUCUUGUAUACUGACAAAUUGAAAGAAGACCCAAAGAAAUUGAUACAUUUUGGAUCGUUAUUUGGAUCAUUGAGGGUUGUACCAGAGAAACCUUCCAAUAUGCAAUAUCUUAAAUUCAUUAGAAAACAUUUAGUACCGAAUAAUGAAUUAGUAUUGAAAGCAACAGAAAGUAUAGUAAACAAAUUGGGAGGUGUGGGUAAUUUUAUAGGACUGCAUAUACGAGCAACAGAUGGGUUUUUCAUGAAAUAUGCAAGAUUAAAUAUUGAUCACAUUUACCAUAAUUUAACAAACACGUUUACUAAACUUACACCAGAAGAAAUAGAUGUGUUGGAAGGUGGUACACACGAAAAAGAUAUUUUAAUAGAUGAGAGUGUAGACCUUGGUGAAUAUAAUCCUCAUGGUAAUAAAAACAAAGUUGCACAGAAAUCACUUCAUCCAAGUGAUUCUGGUGUAAAUACAGUGAUAUUUUUAGCAACGGAUAUCAAAUCACCAAGAUCCAAUCAUUUAUUAUUUAAAUUCUUUAAUACAUUUCCAUGUGUAUUUGUACUUGGAGAUUUUGAAGAAGAUUUAACAGAGAUCUUGAGAAUUAUGAAUUCAGAUGACUUGACACCAUUGGCAGACUAUCUUAUACCAAUGUUAGAUGCUUUAAUAUCAUCUGAAGGCCAUUCAUUUUAUGGAACAGGGAAAUCAACAUUUAGUAAAUAUAUAAAGGACACAUUAUACCCAAUUAGUAAAGGUCAAGAAUUAGAAAUCCCUUUAAAUUUUUAUUAA